AGGCUAAGGAGACAUUUAUUAUCGUGACAUAAGCGCACAAGUGUUAAGACUUCAUUAUAAUAGCAAGCUUAUUAAACAUAGGGAACAUUUAAAACUUUAUCAGUAGGGCGGAUGAUGUCCUGCAGCCCAAAACAUACUACACCGUUCUCCGUGACUGAUAUACUAAGCCCGAUCGAGGAGACAUACAAGAAAACAAGCAUAGAGGCCAGCAUACCUCCACUAUCUUUCCGACCGACGGGGCAACACAACAGUCAAGUUAUGAGCGGGAUGGGCUCGAUGAGUGUCCCCGUUACGAACCCUUACCACACAAGCUACACGAUGCCACCGUCCCUGACGCACCAUUCGGCUUACAGCCCGCAGUGCUAUCAGAGCCCAGAACUCUCGCAUUAUGGAGAUCCUACCAGGCAGUCGGCUUCAAGCUGGUAUGGGACAAACCCAUCAGAUCCUGCAAGAUUUGCAAUCAGUCGAUUGAUGGGUGCCCAGCCUUCCUCGUGCAUGUCAUCGAUGCCCGGAAUGAACCAAAUGUCAAUGUCGGCCUUGGGGUACGACCACACCAAACACCCGCUACAAUACCCAUUGACACAGCGUCGUAAACGCCGGGUACUAUUUUCUCAGGCGCAAGUAUACGAACUAGAACGUCGUUUUAAAUCACAAAAAUACCUAAGCGCACCAGAAAGAGAACAUUUAGCAAAUAUGAUCAAUCUUACCCCAACACAGAUCAAAAUAUGGUUCCAAAAUCAUCGUUACAAACACAAGAGGCAGCAGAAAGACAAGGAAAAGUUGGACGAGCGUGAAAAAUCAUCAAGCAGUCAGCAAAGUCCGAGGCGGGUCGCUGUACCAGUGUUAGUAAAGGACGGUAAACCGUGUUCCGGCACGAAUAAUUCGGACUCUUCCCAUUCGUCACAACAGCCUCAGACUGGGGCAACGGCAGCCCAUACUCCCCAACAGGCGACUCCACCCGAGGUGGACACGAAGCCAAUACAAAUGACUCAAGCUAAUACUCUAGUGAAUUCCGUAUCCCCGUCAGCUCUAACGAGCCAUAGCCAAAGUCUAUCUAGUGACUACCUGAACAAUUAUACUACCCCGGGUCUGAACAACAGUUCGACAACGUCAUCCAGUUACCUCCUUAACCAGAGGGCUUGGUAGGCCCAAAAAACUUCAUACUUCAUGGCUUAGGGACCUCACUCUGGAGACACAAGCACAAAGCAGACUGAUAGUCAGACGGACAGACUCGCUAUUGAACACAGUGAGUGGAUAUAAUGCUUACUACUUUGGGGGACAUUUAACAUUACCACCAAAAAACGUUCAGACAAUCGAAAUAUGCAGAUUUAUCCAAAAUGCAAUAUAAGUUCGUGGUUGUUUCAGCAAAGUGAGGUUGCCUCAUAUUUAUAUUAUAUCAAGUUGAGAUACAGGUGCUUCAUAAUAUAGAGAAAAUGAGCACAAUAUUAUGAAACUUAUAAAACGAAAAAUGUUCCACUUUUGUAAUACUCAAGACCAGUCUCCUGGUGCAAUAAUAAAACCACAGACAAUGUGAUAGAUAUUUGUAACUGUCGAAUUUUAACUCCAUAAUAGGUUUAAGAGUGACAUAAUAAUUUUAGAAAGUCUUCAUUCACGAACAUUAACUACCACCUGGAGCAAGGGGUCUCCAGGUAUAAAAUCCACUUUUGCAGAUUCCUGAUAAGCCCAGUCAGAAAUCUGACCCCCAUCCUCAUAAGUCAGAAGUUAUUACCACUUUAAGAGGUGAUAAAACCAAAUUUAAAUAUCAUAACUAAACACGGAGACAAUCCCUUUAUGUCCUAACAACUGAAUACAUAAAACAAUCGUUGUUCAUUUUUUAAGCAGGUGCCAAGCGUUUUAACAGAUUCAAAAAGUUAGCUAUUAAAUAUUUUGUUGUAAAAUUAAGUGUGUAAUAUGUUAAAUUUGAGGAAAUAUUUUGUAAUAUAAAUGUUUUCAAUCUAUGUUUGAUUUUCGCCAAUCUCAUUGUUACUCGCCCAAAAUA